UCAACGUGCGGUAUACGUUUCGCCCUGUGCGUGACUUGAAUUUCAUUAGGAGCGUGGCGAUUGGUCCACAUUGGACGGCCGUCUUCUGCAAGCAUGCAGGUGAGAAAAAAUAUGAGGUGAUCACAGAAGAUUGGCCAAAAAUGGCUAACUUAUUCGAGAAGCUGUCCUUACCACGACAUGACCAGGACAGUGAUAGUUCAGGGAACGAUAAGGAUGGGACGGGUGAUAAAGGAAACCAUGACAGUGGGGAAAACACGAGCGUCGAUUCUGACACUUCGCGGCAGUCGGAAAACAACAUGGAGGACGAAGGAAGCAUGGGGGAGGGCGAGGAGGAAACGUUGUUUGAAGAAGAGGGAGAAACUCCGACCGUACCACAAGAAGACCCUGCCAGGAUUUUCGAGGCUAUGAAGAGCUUCACCAUUCCAAGGAAGAGAUCGGUACAGAAAGAACUACUGGAGGAUAUCUCGCUGACGUCCCGUGAGUUCACCCAUGAGCUGCUUCCCCAGGUGUCCUUGUGCUACAGAGAUCCAGCCAUGAAGAACAAGAUCAAACACCUCAAAAUCUACAUGGUCCACAACCAGGAGCUGUCCAAGGAGUUCCAUGAGAAGAGAAGAGAGAUGAAGGGAGAGGGCAGGACAGACAAGGAUCUGGCAGAACAGCUCGGCUUCCUAUGCCUGGACACAUUUGAAGAUGCUCAGAAGGUGUGUCAGACAGGGCUGACAGUUGGGAGCAGCUUUCUAUCCAGCCUGGGACACCCCAACAUGGGAGUGUAUGUAUCAAGGUAUGCGGACAUCAUCAAGCCUGGGCCCCUUAUAAAUGGCACAAAGGGAUUCCUUAUCAUCUUCAAAGUCAUCAAGGGUAAGAUGAAGUCAGUGGUGGAGAACAACUCGUGGAAUUUUACCGAGCCAACACCAAACUUUGACUGCCACGUGUCCAAAGCAGUGGCUGAAAUCGGGAGCCUUCAACCAAACCAGGCAUUCCAUGCAGCACAGUACUACUUGUAUGAGUUUGGAGACCUGGAUAUGCUGAAGCGUCCUCGACAUGUGCUCCCGUAUGCUGUCGUACAGUUUGAAGUGUUUGGGGGGUCUCAAACAUUCCCUCUCAUGGCCUCCUCAGCACAGACAAGGUUGCCCCAAAGACCACAUCCGUCCUACCCACCAGUCAGUACACCUAGGCCCUCCAGCAUGUCUCAUGUGGGGCCAUCCUACGCAAGCUAUCCUUCAGCACAGAUGAUCGAAGUAGCUAGGAGGCCACAAAUAGAUCUAACAGAGGAGGGGUAUGAACUGUGGAGAGGUCAGCUUGUGAACAAGGAGAAUCCACUGUGUGAAAUCCAGCUCCGCUCACCUACAUGCACUCUCCUACCCAUACAGAUGGAACAGCAGAUCUGCAUCAGUGGCAGGAUUCCCUUCCACAAGCUCCAGAAGAAUCUGCCUUGUCCCAUCUUCACAAAGCUGCCUAAGGUGUCAACUCAUAGGGAAGUUCAUAUUGGUGACAAGUACUUUAUCUACUGUGAAGUGAAGGCAAUAAUAGAUGUGGAGAACAAGCUAGUCUCGCUGCUCAACUUCAUGGAAAAGAGAAAAGAGGCUUGUGUAGCUGUCCUACCAGAUGGAGUGCAGCUGCUCAUGUUCCCCAGCUGUCAGAUGGCACAAGACUUAGGUAUCAUUGACCCCAGCUCCCCCAUGGUGCUACAUGGGCUGUUUGUGUCACCCUCCCCCAUGCUGGCUUCCCUCAGAGAUUGUAGCCUGAGGAAGAACAUCAAAGCCCCUGUGGAUGGCUCAUCUCUGUACGGCUCUCCCUCUCCUGCCACACCUUCCUCCUCUGCAGCAGAGGCGGACUCCCCAAAGACACCUAAGGUGGACACAACGGAGCUCAGGAGUGCCAUGAUGCAGGUGUUUGAGCUUCAGAAGAUGCAAGCUGAGGGGAACAUGACUGUCCAAGAUUCAAUCCAGAACCUGGAGCGACAAAACCAGCUGCUACGCAACCUUCAGGCGAAGGUGGAAGUUCACAGUAAGACGCUGGCGGAGGCUCAGCAGAAGAAGGUUCUUCAGGAGACAGAUGCCUUUGACAACACAGACUUCACUGUUCCCAAGUACCCCAUUGUGUCACGGCUGCAGCUGGAACAGUGUUUCACUCAUCAGUACUCGUUCACCCAUCGUUGGCAGCUUGAGCUCCAGAGACGGCAGCAUCAGCCAGCCAACAUGGACCCUCGUCUGGCACAGGUUCCAGCCUUUCCUCUUCAGCAGCACAGUGGCCAGCCCUCCAACAGGAUGGGUCCCACGCCGUCCCCUUACCCCCAUCAGAUGUACCCUCUCGGACCACACUCACCCCACCCCCAGGGACGGAACAUGCCCUUGCUGGGAACUCCAAACCAGUCAUCAGUUCCAGGUUCCAUGUCUGCACAUCCCCGUCCCCCCAUGUAUCCAUUGUCGUCUUACGGAGGAUCAGUCCCAACACCAUCUGGGUCGACCCCACCACAGCUAGCUGCCACACCCUCCUAUUCACCCAGCGGGGCGUCGCCUUUUCUCCAGCAACCGGCCUCAGGGCCGCAGGGUAGUUCUCGGUUGGGGAAGUUCCCGCUGUCCUCUCUUCCUCCAAACCAGAAAGCGAACGAUCCACGCCUGAGGAAACACUUAGAGGCCAUGCAGCCAAAGGUCCCUGCCAUGGCACGGACCAGCUCAUUGCCAUCUGCACAGGGAAGCACGCCUACAACUACAGCAGCAUCACCGCUUUUAAACUCACCACUCAUUACGGCAUCUUCCCCACUUCUAGCAAGUGAAAAGACUACUCCAUCAGACUCACCAACAGGGGUUGUUAGCAUGGAGAAAGUGCCUCCAGCAAGAAGUCAUUCCCUCUCUGAGCACCUUGAUGCACCAACAAGACCCCUUCCUAAAAAAAAGGAGCCACCGCCGCCUCCAAAAGUUCAAGAGGUACCUGUAUCAGCUCAGGCUCAAGAAGAAACAGACAAGUCUAAAGUUCCAGAUGCAGGACCUACAGACAAGGAAAAGCCAUCUACUAAAGCUUCAGGCAUAGCAAAGGGAAAAGAUGCAGCUUUGCAGCCUAAGGCUGGGGUAGUGAGCAAUAUUCCCUUAGAGGAGAAAGAAGAAAUGAAGGCAUUUCUGGACACUGUUAUUGAGGAGACACAAGCAGAAAGUAAGAUUUCUAGUGCAUCUGAGAUGAAGAAUUUCCUGGACACUGUUGUGAUAGGAAAGCCACAGAAGAAAAAGCCACUAAAGGAAAAGGAAAAAGUGGUGGUGACUCAGAAGAAGAUGCCUGAGAAAAGGAAAGAGAGACUGGAGAAGGAAAGACUUCCUGAGAAAAAAAGGAUCAGAAUGCCAGAGGAAGAUAUAAUAAAGAGGUGCAUGCUGCCAAGCAUAAGCAACUUAACCAUUCCACGAAAGAAGCCUGCUCAACAAGAGAAACCAUCUGUGGUAGAGUACAACCAUGGUGCCGGCUCUACAACAAUAGACUACCAACACGGCUCUUCCUCUGGACCAAAAAUCAGUCCAGUGUCCAAGGUGGUAGAUUAUGGGCACGGCAGAGACAAAGUGGAACAGUCAGUGGAGGAAGAGGAGGAUGCUGACAUCAGGAUGCAAGCAAUCGUGGUGGACUAUGGGCACCAGCCACCAGCUACAAAUCUGAUAGACACAGAAACACUAACUACCACGGACACUGUUUCAACCGCUGAUGGGAGCACUAUAAUGGACGACCUACAGCAUCCUCCUGCUGGCAUUGAUGAUAAGGUUAUGAAAGAGCAUGUUCAAAGUGCUGACUUAGCACAACCCAGGCCUGCAGCUGCCACAGAUGCUAAAAAACCUAUGCCAGAACAGGAACAGUUUGAUUCAAACUUAGAAAGGCAGAUGUCCAAUGAGGUUGAACCAGACGAACAAGAGAGUGUGGUUGAGGAAUCUGAGGAGGAAUUAACAGAGGACUUCCUCUUCUGUAGAGAUGUGUCCUAUGGAGCUACAAAUAAUUCACUAACUGUGACUGUUAGAACUGUAGAUGAUGAAGAAGAAGAUGGGACGACUGUCUAUGAUGGAUUGACAGACAGUGAGGCCCUAGAGCUGAGUGUUGUCAGAGCUGUCUUUUCGCAUUACUAUCUUGGUGACCUGGACCUUCAGGAGAAUGGAGAGGACUUUGCUGAGCAUGUGCGAAACAGUAUCCACGCAAUGCACACUACCAAUCAGGAGGUCAGCACUGCAGACAGGCAUGUUGUGGAAAAUGCUGAUGCAGCAAAGGAAAAGGAGGAUGAAAACACCAGUGUACCUGCUACUGAAAGCACCAACAAAGCAGUUACUGAUUCUAAGAUUCAGGACAACACCAAGAGGAAAAGUGCAACACUGAGUGAAAAAGCCACAUCUUCAUUCAAGCUGCGUGGUAAGAACUACUAUGAGCCAUCUCAAGACCUGGGGGUACUGAUGAAAGAUCUGACCAGCCCUUCCUAUAAAAGGAGCGCUGCUCACAGGCCAAUGGAAGUAACAGUGUCUGAGCUUGUGCCUAGUCCCACCAAGAAGUUUGGGAAUUGUUCUGAGAAAUUUCGACACUCCAAGAACACCAAGGACUCCCAAGAGCUUGAUCACACAGCAAUUCAUGCAGACAAGGAAGCUGCAAGGAAACAUAGUGAAAAUUCAAAUGUGCAACAGAUGUUGAGGUUGUUGGACGAUGAUCUUAAAUCUCAUCAACAAGAGGAAGGGCAACAAGAGCAGGACUUGUACAAGGCCUAUGAGAAGGAGCAAGAUGAGCAGAAAGUUGUCAUUCCAGGAUUAGGAGCUAUCGAUGACCAACUCAAAUGCCUGCAACCAAAAGGUGAUGAUGAUCUCCAUGUUGCAAAUACAGGGCACUCUUGGUUAAGGGCUGCAGGUAUGGGAUUCCAGUGUCAAACAGGCAAGUUUGAGGAAGACCUAACACUCAGCACCACUCAGGGUGCUCAGCGGUCAGGACUGCUUCGCUCCACGGCAUCUGCAAUGUUGGACCCUCGUUUGAGCAAAAAGCUAUGCAAGCAGAAGCAAGGCAGCUCCUCAAGAUGCACGAAGACUCAGCAGAGGGAGCCAUGUGAUCUGCCUCUGCCAAAGUUUGCAGAAGAUGUGAUGCAUUGGCUUAAGGAAGACCUGAUAACUGGAACCAACAGGCUUGGUUUUGAAAGCAGUGUCAGGACUACAUCACAGCGAGGACAUGUAGAGACGGAUCGUGAGAUGACAGCCAAUGCAGAUUCUGCUCACCGACAGAAGGACAUUUCCCCACUGUUAAAUGUGGACGGCUCCACAGGCUCACGUACUAAGGAAUCCCAGAGGAUCUCACUAAGUGAAGUGAAGGAGAAGGUGUCAUGGUGGUUGGAGAAGUUUGGACCAAGGCAGCAGCCUAGAGAACCAGAAAGUGCUCAAGAAAGAGCAGAAACCUCAUCAGCUGUUUCAGCUGUUGACUCCAAUUUGGUUUCAUUGGCACCAAUAUCAGAAAGUGCUGCUGUUUCAGAGACUGUUGUACAUAAGCCAGAGGUUGAAGCUUGUAAGGAGCAUCUGUUGGCAAAGCAACAGGCUGUCAUUCCUCCAGAAGAGACAGCUACUCCACUCCUAGACAUAAAACCUACAGGUGUCACAACUGGUGUUGAAAAAUCUGCACCAGAUUCUGAACCUACUCCCAAUGACCAGACACAUACAUGUGAAAAUAUCCAGAUCUCAGCACCUCCUACAUCUGAGGCAACAGACGUGGACUUACCGCAGCGGGUGAAACUUGAGCCUGUCCGUGUGGAGUACCGGUCUGGAGUUGUGAAAAGAUCCAGCUCAUCCUCCCCUGUUGCAGUCACAGUCAGCUCCCCAGUCCACAUGGCUCCAACACCCCUGUCUCCUACUCAUGCCCCUGUCCAUCCAUGUGCACCAGUGUCUCCUGCAACAACAGUGCCACCUCAAGCUGUGUCAUCAACUGCACCAGAACAGAAUGUGUCACUGCCUCCACCAGGGCUUGUCAUCCCAUCCCUGUCACUGGUCAGGGUCAAACAAGAGACUACAAAAGCCUUGGAACAGCCUUGUGCCUUCCAAGCAGCUGCUGCUGUCACAGCAUCAACAACUGUUGUAUCUGCAGAGUCUGUUGCACCUGCAGUCAAACAACAAGUGAAACAAGAACAUGUAACAGUUGAACCAGUAGCAGAGAAAGUAACCAUUUCAGAGGACAAAGCUCUACAGGCAGAAACAUCCAUUUCGGUGUCUGCUGAAGAAGAAAGUAUGUCCAAAGUUACAAAAGAUAAUAUUAUUGCAGUAGCAUCUACAGAGACAGUUGAUGUGAAGGACAAUGUGGAUGCAAAUAAGGAGAAAAAAGAAGCACCAACAGUUGUAGAGGCUUCACCAAACAAAGUUCCUCCAAAGCAACCUGCUAUCAUUAAGUCCCCUGCAGAAAUUAUAGCAGGCGCAGCAGCAAGCAAGCCAGUUAAACCAGUCGUUGCCCGAAAGCCUACCAUUGCUGAACUUGUGGUAACAAGGUUAAUGAAAGAGAAGGCAGGGAAGAAGGCAGGGAAGAAGGGGAUAAAGAAAGGAAGUAGAGCAAGUUCUCCAGUGUUUGAAGCACAGGGAAAAGUGCUGAAGAAACCAGGUACUAUCACCAUAGCUAAUUUGAAACAGUCACCAGUAGCAGGAUCAAAGGCAGCUGUAGGAAAGUCUGUGGGUGGAAAAAUAAAGUCUCCUGGCAAAACACUAGCCAAAGUGCAAAGCAAUGCCCCUAAGAAUGCAAAGGAUGUCAUAAAGGAUGCGUAUGAUGACUUUGAGAAGGAGGUAUCUAAGACACUUGAGGAGAAAGGGCUUUCUGCCUUGGCUGUUUCUGUGUCAGAAGACUCACAAGGCACUAAGGAUGUGACACAAGUGAAACGUCUUUCACGUCUCGCCAGGUUCUCCCGGUUCUACCUCUCUUGUAAACAUGAUGUGAAGUACCCAGACAAUGUGAGGGAAACCCUAGUAGAUGCAGAUUAUGCAAUCAGACACUCAGAAAGGCAGAUCACAAGGAAAAUGCAGAUGGAGAUGGAAAAAGAAAGGCACAAGCAGCAUUUUAGAGACAACUCAAGUGAAAGGACUCAUUCCAUUGCUAAGGGAGAAACAGCAAGUCACAAGACAAAAGUUGACAAGGAGAGAAAAACACCAGGCACAGCAGUAACAGCAUCAGAAACUGGUCAUAUGUGGGAAAACAAAAGAGAGACAUGUCCCUAUCAGCAAGAUAGUAUGGAAGCAGUUGUGUACUAUGCCAUGCAGAACUUGCGCAAGAAGACCAAUACCUUGCACCAUGACAGCAGUGAUUUAGAUCCCUUACCCAAUGCUGUUAACCUGUCCUUCACUAAAGGAAAGCAUCUAAAGCUUUCAAAGAGAAGUGCAGGUAAUGUCGACUACAAGAUGGCAACAAGGAUUGAUGACGUUGUCAUGGACUCCCUCGUUCCUUUGCCCUUGCCAGGGAGAUAUGCACCUAACAUUCCCUUACCUGAGGACAAAAGUGCUCCUGAAGUUCACCCAACACCACUCACAGUGCAGGGCCAUGACCAACCAGACACUGUGGCAGAAACACCAGAUGCUGCCUCUGCUGUGUGCAAAGUAGAAACAGCUGGAGAUGUUCCAGAAUUGGCAGAUGAACCAGAAACUUCAGCACCUCCUUCUUUUAUGAGGCCAUUGAAGGCUAAACUAAAGCCUAUCGUCAUCAACAUAAAAACUAAAACAUGCCUGGAUCCAGCUUUACCACAGUGGACAAAGGUUUCUGGUGCAGAAGUAAAGCCACAGACAUCUCCAAUGUAUGAGAUGCCCAACAGAAAGUCCAGUGAAGAGCACCAGUUUCAUUACUUGGCUCCUGCUCAAAGUGUUCCACCUCCUGGAAUUGAUCAACCCAUAGUUCCCAUCCCAGGGACAUCUGAACCUAUAAGAUCUGACAUUAGUAUGCCUCAAACACAUGGUGUUGGUUCUGAACAGAUUCCAUCUUCGAGAGGAUCCUGGACAGUGCCUGGAUGGGGCAUGACAGAACAGUGUCCUCCUUGGUACAGCCAACCUCAAUCACAGUACAUCUUCACAUCAUCGGCCCCUAAGCUGUCUGUCCCAUCAUCGGAGCCUCCUCCUCCAGGUGUGGAUGAUGGAGGAGAUAGCCCUCUCCUGGAUGAAGGGAGAUACAUGUACGAUGAUAGCUCCACUAAGAUUGAUCGCAUCAUUGAUGAGGUUGACAGAGACUUUACUAAGGUGUUUGGCAGCAGUGUUGAGACUGCAGGAAAGGAGCAGGUACAGGAAGAUGUCAGGAAAGUCGAGUUUCGCGACGGACCUGAUGUUGAGACCACCACAGCUGGGGAAAGCAGUGGACCUCAUUCAAACGUUGAAGCCCUUGUCAAUCAACUGAUUGCAGCUGGUAGAUCUGCAGCUGACAGAGUACCAGACAAGGCUGACAACACACAUACUGAGUUUCUAUAUGGAGAGUAUGGGACACCGAUUGCAAUAAAACCUGUCCAGAACGUUUCCAGUUCCCUAGAAUCAGGUCAGCAACAUGGAGAUGAGCAAGUCAAGAAACAGUGGGAAUCAUUGCCAUACCAAGGGGAGUUUUCUCUACAUGUUGAUCAUGAGGCUACAGAUGAGAUUGUUGUGGAUCUGUUGAAGGACUUCUUUGAUCAGAUAUCAGAUACUUUGGAGUCUUGCAGCAUUCCACAGGCAGGCCACUGCUCCCAGCAAGACAUGCCAGGAUCUAGCUUGAGAGAUCAAGGAUCUCAUCUCCCAGCACUAUCCAGACAGGCUGUGGCUAUGGUCAGGGGGAAUAAAAGACAUGCAGAGAUGGAUUUGUCUCAGGGUAGACACUUCAAGUGGCAGAGGUUUCACAGUAAUCUAGACUAUGACUCAGAUGAGGCAGUAUUUGAUGUGGAGAAAGAAGAACAUGCAGAACAUUUUAGAGACCACCUAAACCAGUUGUCCAGACACUGCUCUAAGGAAUCCCACUCCAAGUUGGAUGCUGUGACAAAGGGCUCCUACCUUGCCACUAAAACAAGGCUGGUGGAAGUUGCUGGCAGUCCUCUCAAGCAAGCGAGGGAUCGGGGGUCCGCAUCAGAGACUGAAGAGGGCCACUUGGGUGGUUCUGUCCGGUUUAUGAACCUUAGCACUGAAGCCAGGGAAAGGAUCUUGCAAGCACGAGCAAGAACUGCAAAGAUUGUCAAUAAUCUUAUGACCAGAUACAGUAAUGAGAUACAGGAUGUAGCAGAGGAUGACCAUGAAACUUUCAAAAAACUCAGCAAGAGACAGAAGAAGAACCUCAAGAAGCGCAAGCAGAGAGGGUCCAAGUCAGAAAAGGCUAAUGUGCCACUAGAAGUGAGCUAUGCCAGCCCCAUCACCUCUGACUCGGAUACAGAGCUCAUCCUUGCCCAGUCCCCUGACAGGGAGUCCUCACCACCACCACUACCAGCAGAUCCUACACCAUAUGGUGACAAAUCGGCAGACCAUCAACAGCAGGAAGCGCCACCUAGCAGCUCAGCACAGAACUGGUUCUAUGUCUACAACCCUCACAGUGAUGCAGCCCUGCAGGAAGUGAAGGACUUCUUGCUGAGUGCCGGUGGGACUGAACUUGACCCCUUCAACCUGACCCUGGUGGCUGACAUCCCCGGGGUGGACGUGUGGGUCGUCAUCAGGAACUCCGACACACCUGACGUGGCAAACAUUCCAAACUUGUAUGAGCUGAAAAGGAUGCCGAUGGUGAAGUUUGUCGGUCUGGACUCCAUCGAUGACUUGCGGAACCAGACCUACUGCCAUAUCUUCACACGCGGUGCCAUUGUAGUGCCAGAUGAGAAGGUCAUCAUCAAGGCCAGUUCAGGUGAGCUGCAGGCAUUGUGCCAGUUUAUGGAAGAGCAGACCUUUGACAAGGAUGAGCCAUGGACAAUGAAGCUGCACUACAGCACUCGCCUCAGCCUGGAGAAGAUGAAAAACGACAUCACACUGGAUUACACUGAGCGGGAAGACGCCUGGAAGAUGUUGUGCUGUCUGGAUGAGUACAUCAGGAAGGGUAUGGCAGAGUAUCUCCCACUGCUGCAUGGGUGCAAAGAUGGUGACAAGUCACCUGGGGAGAUGCUCCCAUGUGUUGCCAAGAUUCAGUUGGAGAACCUGGAAACUUGUAGACACAUUGUCAUGCUAACAGACCUGGAUCAGUACAGCAAAGAAGCUGACCUAGACCAGAGCAGCGAGCAGGCUGGGAUAUUCUGGAAGGCAGGGAUUGGUGUUACCAGUCUGAAGGAGUUCCUGAGUGUCUUCACAAGCUGGAAAGGGGAACAGAAGGACAAGGGAAAGGAAUCUGAAGUCAAGACAAUCUUCAUGGUUACUUCAGAAUCAGAGAAGACUGAACACGCAGAGGUUUCUGGGAGGGCAGGAAACCUGAUUGAGAUUUCAACUGUACCAGGUUUAAAUGGGAAAGGACAAGAAGAAAAGACAGAGGAAGGAGAGGAAGUUCAAGGGAAGCCUAUCCCAUCAAUAGGGUCUGCCACCAAUCACAGGCCCCCUGUUCCAUACAAUGCUGAAGACUUCUCAGAAGGUCACGCUGAGCUGCCAGUGACGUCAUCUCAGACAGAUUUUGGGGAGACAGCAGAACACCAACAGUACUUGGAGACUGUGUCGUCCCAGCUGCAAGCUUCGCCACAUGUUUCACCUGGUGCUAAGGUAGUACCAGUAGCAGGACAGCCGUCUUGUCACCAGAGCUCUGUGCAGGGGCAAGCCGCCACUACCCCACACGAGGUAGCCCACCCGCAGGUCCACCUGUCUCCUGUCCCUCAAGAAGCUCCACACACCCAGCCUCCUCAGCCCCAUCCUUCCCCUCAACAACCCCUCAACCCUUCUCCUUACCCAGUCCAAAGUACCCAGCCCCCACAGAGUCCUCACACCCAUGAUCCAGCCUAUCCUGCAUCAUCCACCCAACCUCAGAGCUUCACACCCCAGCUUCCCCACUCACAGGCAAUGUCUUACCCUCAACAGUCCCCAGUUCUUCAGACAGCCCCGUCUCCUUCCUACCUGCCACAGUCCCCAUACCCUCCUCAGUCAGCGCCAUACUCAUCUGCCUACCAGUAUCCCCAACAGCCGCCCUCCCCGAUGGUGUCUGUCAAUGCAGAAUCCUCCCCACAGGCACAGCCGUCUCCCCACACACAGUCCUUCUCACCCUACCCUCCUUACUAUUCCCCUCAGCCACAAGGGGCGGCCACCCCCGGCCAGCCAGGGUACCCACCUCACUUUCAAUUCCCUGAGAGUUAUCCAGAAAUGCACGGGCCGCCACAGAUGCAUUGCCACCCUGGACCGGAGUACUACAUGGGCCCUCCUCCCCCAGGAAUGGGACCGCCCCACCAUCCCGGCAUGGCACCCCACCCAAGAGGACCAUUUGUUCAGUCCCCCCAGCCAUACAGUGGACCUCCCCUAACUCCGGGCGGAGGUGCUGAAAGUGACCAUUCUCUCAGUCCUGGUGUAGACAAGGAGACAAAACCAGUUGAGAAAAAGGGUGCACCCCGGCUCCACCUCCCCCAGGGCUCGGAUCCAGCGUUCCAAGGCAGCUGCAGGCAAGAGGCCAGUCCGCCCCCCACCCACCAAAGUCCAGCCUCCAACACCUACACCCACCUAACACAGCUGGUGAUAGUGCCAGAAUGUACAAAGUGUGGAACAGUGUACAGUAUUAUCUAUGUUGUAAAUAUACAAUGUCAUGUAUAUGCAAUACCGGGACAAACUUAAGUGCCACUUGAAGUGGUUUCAUGUGACAACCUUAUGGAAAUUUGACCUAAGUGUUGACUAAACUUAGCAAUAACCAAUAUCCUGCUGAAAGGUUGUAUGAUUCAAUUUGUAUCUAGUAUGGAACUGGUACGAUAAGGUUGGGUGGUAUGGGGUGGAAGCAUUUUUGUAUGAAAAGUUUUAGUGUCAUAACAGGCCACAAAAGUAGAUACGUGAUCAACUGUUUAGGACACAGUUGUGUAUUUUAACCAACCUAGUCUCAAAGGCCAUAGAUUAUGAAUACUAUUACCGUACCAGCACUGUACGUACUCUGCAUACAAGUAUAACUUACUUUCUUAUAUGUGGUUGACUUUGUCUAAACCUCUAUGCAGUAAUGGGAAGCAUUGUACAGUAUAGUAGUGAUGUUACGACCCCAGCACAUGCUGUGCUUGAAUGCCAAAUGCUUUUUCGAAGUGUCAUACACACUAUUAAUUGCCUGAAGUUAAAAAGCAUGGAGGCAUGCAAUUGGUGUAAUGCCUGGUAUAGUGAUUUAUAUAUAUCUCUAAAAUAGUUUCAUGUGGUUAUCAGCUCCACUAUCUUUAGUUUCGUCAUUCUUACUACAGCCUCUUUUACAGACAUUUUGAUGUAUAUUAGAAAAUAGACCAUCACUUUUCAAAGCUCAAAUGUUUGUUUAUAUUUUACUCAUCAGUUUUAGUUCACAAAACUUUUAUGAAGAUUUAUCAUAUGCAGAAUAUUCUUGACAUCAUAGGAACCCUUAAAAGAAAUUUGAAUGCACAUCACCUUGACAACAAGCUCAUUGAGGCGUGCAUUUGAUUUCACUUACAUGCAUAUAGAACUUGCAGUAUGUGUACAGCUUUUAAAACUCUCGGUAUUGUUUUUUUUAUUAUUAUUCUUUGGGCAUGCAGUACACAAGACAUAGACAUAGGUCUUAAAAUCUUGUUACAUUUUUUUGCUUAAAAUCUCUACCAGUUUAGGAACCCUAGGUUAUCUAUGAUACUGUCUUCAUGAUCAGUGAGUAACAGUUUGUACAAUGUCUUAUAUAUGCUGUACAGACCUGUAAGAUGUAGCAUAUAGCUGUGACUUCUUUUGCCAAUGAUCAUGUAGCAAACUACAUUUUCAACUGUGCCACAGUGGAUUGAAUAUCAGGAUAAAUAUACAUUAGACUGCUUGGUCCAACGCUGUCCCUAAGUACACAGUGGGAGCCAGUGCAGGUUUUAGAUGUAGACAUAUUUUGUUGUGGAAAAGAGGUUGCCAUAUCAUGAUCCUGGUGCAAUGAGCUAAAAGUGGUGCUGUGGUUUCUAAUGUAAAUGGCUGGCAGUAUAAAACUCUUGGUCAAGUUUGUACAUACAUGUGAGUACUACUGCAGUCAGCCUGGAGAUGAUGAUGCCUAGUGGAGAUUUUUAUUACAAUAUAUCUUGAAGGUCUUUAUAUAAUCCCUCUCUUUUGGAGGAUACAUUCCUUUAUGCAGUACAUGUGUAUAUGGUUAUGAUUAUUGGAAUCAUUAAACUUUUAUGUUGAA